AUGGACACCAUUUGGAGUUCCGCGAAGAACGAGGUCGCCAUUGGGCUGGACCUCAAGUCGGCGACAGGCGCCGACUUACCGUGUGUCUCGUGCGUUGGCGGGAAGCUGGCGCGGCACACCUUCCCCGACCAAGGCUCUGAUGUCGCCGACGUGAUGGCCGUCGUGCACAUCGACCUGUGCGGGCCGCUGGUCGCCAAGAAGUUGGACGUGCUGCUAGAGUUCCAGAAGUGGCUGGUGUUGGUGGAGCGGCAGACAAAGAAGUCGGUGCUCAUGCUUCGCUCUAACCGAGGAGGGGAGUUCCUCGAGAAGAAGUCCAUUGACUUCAUGGACGGCAAGGGGAUGGUCCACGACCUGACCUGCCCGUACACCCCUCAGCAAAACGGCAUGGAGGAGCGGGAGAUGAGGACGGUGGUGGAGUCAGUGCGGACGAUGCUGCUGCACAUGGGCGUGUAG